GUAUUUCGCUGCUACAAACGGCGCACCAAUGCACCAUACAUUUUUACGUAAUUUGUCAUGGCAGAAGUAAGUUCAUUGAGUGAGUCGGAAAAUUAUGUGGAAAGUGAUUUCGAAACCUCAUCAACAGAAGAGAAAAAGAAGAAAAAUGUUUAUCCCAAGAGGAAAAGAAAGUAUCAUCAUUUAUCCGAGCAUUUUUCCAAGUCGAAGAACAAUGUAAAAGUAAAGUCUAGUUCCACUGCUGGAAAAACUUUUACUUAUCUUGGAAAAACUAGGAAGAAAAAAAAAAUUCAACUCUUAGUGGUGAUUCCCUUCAACAUUCUUCGCAAUCCGUACAACUGCCACAAACUGUUUCAUCAUUCACUACCCAUCAUUCAGCACAUGACAUAGCGACUGAUGAAUUCCCAUCAGCUAUCAGCCUUGAAGAUCUUGAUAAGCUAAGAAGAGAAGUGAAAAACGACUUAGAAAGCAUGCAGGUAAGACAACAUCGAACAUGGCAAGAACGACAAACAUUUGGUGCAUGGGGACAGCAUGCUAGAAGAAGAAUUUUUACAGAAUAUGUAUCAAGACAGCCACUAUUUCAUUCAAAAUGUGACCAGUGUCAUGGUGAUUUGAACUUCUACGCUGUGAGAUGUAUGACCUGCAAAAGACACCUUUGCCAUCAAUGUGAUGCAAACACACACUCCAGCAUGCCAUUUCAUCGAAGACUAUUGUGUUCUUGCGAAACCCUGGAAACAUUACAGCCCCAUCAUUUUAUCGAUGAAGAAGGAAACAUUAUAACAAAAGAUGUUUGUUUACCAUGCUUUGUGCCUCUUAAAUGCUGUGAUGUAAACUGCCUUGGAUCGAUGUCGCUUACACCCAAUCUCACAGAAUCAAUCGUGGUUGUCACUGAGCAAGGUCGGUUUCUGUUAAAGGGAACUAAUUUUGUUUGUGAUAGUUGCCAUACUGUUAGGAAAGCCACUAUCGACGACUAUAUAUUUUCUGGUUUUUUCCCUGCAAGUUUAUCAGAGAAAGUUACAUAUCUUUUUUCAGAAGAGGCACUUCUAUUAGGGUAUCACAUUUCCCACAAGUGUCCAGGUUCUUCAAAGAACAUGUACGCUCGCACUCUUGAAGACGUAUCUAAAGAAUAUGGACGGAAUGGACCGAUUAACGUACCGUUAUUUACUACUGCGGAAAGAGAGUGGGAAACCUGUCGCCACUAUAUUGACCAAGAAGUGCUGAAAAGAGACAAAACUCAUUGCCCAAGUUGUGGGAAAGAACCUUUAGUCAGAUCUUCUGACGCUAUCGUAAAAUUAAGGCGCUUAAGCUCGGCUGGAAAAGUGCACAAUCCAGAAAACGAAAGAACGUAA